UAGACAGCCAGGGGGGGGACAAUGUACUCUCUCUCGUCGCUGUGGCUGUGCGCGGCCCUGCCAGGCCUGCUGUGCGCCUCACAAGUCUCUCUGCUGGUAGAGGGGGGCAAUAAUGCCUCCAGGAUCUGCAAACCUGCCCCCAACUGGACCAUAAAGGGACAGGCACCCAUGCAGAAGCUGCUGGGAAGUGUGGUGGUGGUGGCGCUACUGAAGGCCAGCUGACAGUUCUGUCUCACUCAGGCCUCCAACAUUGGAGGUCUGCGUGACAGGCUGAACCGCAGCAAACUGACGGAGGUGUCUUUCAUGAUAGUAAAUGAGCGAGAGGCUCUGUCCAGAGCCAUGUACUGGGAGCUGAAGAGAAAAGCUCCACCUGAUGUUCCGGUGUAUCAGCAGGCUCCCUUUCAAAGUGACGUGUGGGAGGAGCUGGAUGGUGACAAAGAUGACUUCCUGGUCUAUGAUAGGUGUGGUCUCCUCACCUACCAUGUAGUGCUACCGUACAGUUUCCUGCACUACCCAUAUGUAGAGGCUGCAAUCAGAGCCACCUAUCACAAAAAUAUCUGCAAUUGCUCUAUUAAUUCCACUUUAUCAAGCGGCAACAACAACAGCAUCACGGCGAACGAGACAGCGCAGUUGAGUGUCAAUGAACCAACUACAUUACCCACAAGUCAACUGGAAACUGAUGAACCAGAGGAGGAAAUCACAGCUCCGAGAUCCACUCAUCACCACAACCUUCAUCAUCAUCAUCCUCAUCACCACCAUCAUACCAUUCACCGGAAUCAAUCCCACCAUCAGCAGGAUACAAAUCAGAAUAAAACUCAAAAUCUUCCAUCUCCCCAUCACAGUCACGACCACGUCCAUCCUCCGCAUCAUCAUUAGCCUGAUGCCGGUAAUAUUACGAGUGUUUUUAUUUGUGUAUUUCACUUCUAGUUAGUUACAGUGGGUUUAUUUGGUAUUUUACUUUUUAGUAGUUUAGUAAUAACAGCAAUUCUCUGAGCAGUUGUGGCUGUUUUAAGCAGUAAUCAGACUGUGGUUUCUCUGCAAGCAUUUCCACACCUCCCUCCUCUGUGUGGAUACAGUAGCUAGGUUGGCCCAGUCUUCUCCCAUGAAUGAAGUCUACAGUGUAUAACCUGCCUGCAGGAGGCUGUAGAUAGAUGUGUGUGGAGAGAUGGGGUGGACUGACUCCUACUGUCACACAGACAGAGUCAGAGGAUGGUGUAAAGUGCUGCUGAGCAGACCUCAGUCUGUGAUACUGUCCAAACAUGUUCCUCUUUGUUCAGUUUUUGCUUUUGUCAGAAUAUGCUGGUGAUGUGCUGUGCUACUACAUUACUAUUCAUAAGAGGUUCAUAAGAGAUUUCAAGAGCAAUGCUUUACUCAUUUGGAUGUUUACAAGGCAUUUGGGAAGUGGUAUAUGAAAUUUGAUUAGUAUCAGCAUUAAUCAUUAGAUAUUAUAAAUCACACAAGAUUGCAGUAUUUUUAGUGUGCCACUUCUAUUAGAUUCAAUUAUUUUCAUUGUGUAUGGAAUAACAAAUCAAAUGUAGACGUAGUCAUUUUAUGUAAUAUCCCGAAUUAACAUAAAAUGCUGCAGUUUUGCUCUGUUUACUCAAUUUUGCAUUUUUGCUGUAGAUUUUAAAGUGUGUUGAUGUGUUAUUCCAGAUUAAAAAAGAAGAGACAUUUUGAAUAUGAUUUCAUGUUUCUGAAUGUCUCUGAAACAUUAAAAUAGAUAAUAACUCAAUGUAUGUGACUACACAUUCAUGUAAUUGGAGA